CUCAGUUAAGAUUUUACUUCAAAUAUUGUAUGUGAGUAGUAACAAUAUUUCUCUAAAUUGAAUUCCCUAUACCUAUUUUUCUCUUUACCUUGGACGACUAAUGGAAAGAAACAAUCAAACAUCUGGGGGAGAUUUUAUUUUGCUUGGAUUCUCAGAUCAGCCCCAGUUGGAGGUCAUCCUUUUUGUGGUAGUUUUGAUAUCAUAUCUUCUAACCCUUGUGGGCAACACAGCCAUUAUUGUGAUCUCCUGCCUGGACUCCAAACUCCACAUGCCUAUGUAUUUUUUUCUCACAAAUCUCUCCUUUCUUGACCUUUGCUUCACUACCAGCAUUGUUCCCCAGCUAUUGUGGAACCUGAAGGGACCAGCCAAGACCAUCACACCCACUGGCUGUGCCAUACAACUCUAUGUGUCCCUCUCCUUGGGUUCCACUGAGUGUGUACUCCUUACUGUCAUGGCAUUCGACCGCUACGUAGCUGUCUGCAGACCUCUCAAUUACACUACUGUCAUGGCCCCAUCACUUUGCAAGGCCUUAGCAGGAAUAGCCUGGCUAAGUGGAGUAGGAAACACUCUCAUCCAAGGCACCAUCACCCUCCGGCUGCCUCGAUGUGGGAAUCGCCACCUCCACCACUUCCUGUGUGAGGUGCCUGCCAUGAUCAAGUUGGCGUGUGUGGACAUUCAUGCAAAUGAAGUCCAGCUUUUUGUGGCCACAUUGGUUCUCCUCCUUCUUCCUAUGGCAUUGAUAUUAGUCUCCUAUGGAUUCAUUGUGCAAGCAGUGAUAAAUACUAAGUCAGUCAAGGCUUGGCGCAAGGCCCUAGGGACCUGUGGUUCCCAUCUGUUAGUGGUGUCCCUCUUCUUUGGGCCCAGUUCGGCCAUAUACAUUCAACCAAAGAGAUCCUAUGGCCGCAGCCAGGGCAAGUUCCUCACACUUUUUUAUACCGUUGUGACUCCUACCCUCAAUCCUCUCAUAUAUACUCUGAGGAACAAGGAUGUAAGAGGAGCCCUGAGGAGACUGCUGAGGAGGGAACAAACUUUCUAAUGGAAAAAUCAGGAAACAGUAACUUUCUGUGCUGGAAUUUUAGA